CGAAAGUUGAAAUUAAGAGGAAAGGAGAGACGAAAUUCGGUGAGCUCUAUGGUUCCAUGGCUUUAGAGAUGCAUGCAGCAACACCACUGCCAGCGGUGGGGAAGCGCCGCCUGGAAUUUGUUGUUUGUGGUCGAAUGACGAGGCAGUGGAGAGCUUAUUGUAGUUCUGCGUUUCUGAAUAGCAGAUCCUGGGCGGAGAGCUCCGAUCGGCAAAAGCAAAGAAGAGGAAGGAAGGCAAUAAAGGGGGAAGUGAGAGAGCAGAGAGAGAUCGAGAAAAUGGUGGGUUGAGGAAGAUGUGAUGUGAAGAGACAAGAGUUUGUCGUUUCUUUCUUUAUUGUGGUGGGACGACUUUUUUAUAUUGUUAAUAAUAACAAUUUUAUAAUUAUUUCAAUUUUUAGCUGGUGAAUAUAAGUAG